AUGGCCUCCGACCCCCCCAUCCCCAUCCCCAUCCUUGAACCCGAACCCCCCCUCCGCACCAUCUCCUUCGCCCACAACCCCGCCGUGAUGCAAGUGUCCACCGCCCUCCGCCGCCUCUGGCUCAUCGACUCGGCCAGCCUCGGAUUAGUAGGAGCAGGAGCAGAAUCAGAAGGCGUCGAAACCAGCGGCGCCACCGACCCCCAACUCCUGCAAUCGGCCUUCCAAGACGCGAUGCGCAACCUCGGCAACUGGAUCGCGACGACGCCGGCGCACGAGCGCUGGCGCGACGACGUGUGGCGGGCGCAGACCGAGUACGCGCUGCUGGACCCGCCCGAGGGGGACGGUGAGGUUGAUGAGGCGGGAGAGGGCCCGCUGUUUACGCCGUUGCGGCGGGCCGUGUAUGGGGUGUACGACCACGUGUUUUGGGACGUGUACCAGGCGCUGAAGGAGGAGGCGGGUGCGGUGGGGGUGGGCGAGUAUCAGCCGCCGGCGACGGUGCGGUUGGCGGUUGACUUGGUUGAUGGGGAGGGGGAGGGGGAGGUGCCGCAUUUUUUUCGGACGGAUACGUUUGUGUAUCCGGUGUGGAUUGCGCCGGGGACGACGCUGACCUUUGCGGUGGAUGGGAGGGAGGAGACGUUGACUUCGGAGGGUCAUACGUGGAGGCAUUCGCUGUGGUUUAUGGGUGGGACGAUCGUCACGGCUACACCGAGGUGCGAAACCAAUGAAAGGCGUGGUCGCGUCGCCGCCGUGCUGGUGAUGGGGCAAUGCGAAGCGCGGCUUUUGCCAAACGUUGCGUUGGAAGACAACACCAUUGGAGCUUAUCGCCAGAAUCUGUCGGAUGCGCAAAUACGGAAAAAGGAUGACGGGGAGGAACCAGAUCCAAACGCUCCUCAGUCGUGGCCGGAGGCGGAUCAUCUGGCGAGGGCGAUAUUUCUCAAAGCGGGCGACGUGGUCGACCGAUGCGCCUUCGAUGAAGAGUUUGCCGUGGGCGAUGAGGGGUUUGAGAAGCCGGAUGGCCAACCCGCAGAUGCGAUCACUCCAGAUGAGCAGCCAGCCGAUUCUCCUUUGUAUUCACCACUCCCUGGUGGUCUUAACAUCCGAAUCUUGGUCCUCGAACCAGCCGCGGCGGAGGAAGACGAGCUCCAGACCCGACUGGAGGUGGUUUCGCUCGACGACAAGCCCAGUUUCGAAGCGAUCUCCUACACCUGGGGCGACCCGUCGGACAUGACGUUGCUCAGCUGCAACGGGUCCAAAGUCAAGAUCCCGCGGAACCUCGAGAAUGCCCUCAGGAGAUUGCGUUACACAGACCGGCCUCGCUAUGUGUGGGCCGAUUCCGUGUGCAUCAACCAGCAGGAUAUCCCCGAGCGUGGCCAGCAGGUGUCCAUCAUGCGCAACAUCUACCUCAGCUCCGAGCGGGUGCUCGUCUGGAUAGGACUAGACGAGCACAACGAAGCCAGCACCGCGUUUGCUGCCGUGUGCGACAUUGUUCGGGCCUGGCGCCCUGAGGGAGACAGGCUCGGGUUUGCCGGCUACGCCAGUCUUUUGGAGCCCAUGGACGACGACGCGCUUGCUUCCAUCCGGAUCACCGUGGAUCAAAAGGCAUGGGCGGCUCUCCGGACCUUGUUCGAGAAGAACUACUUUCGGCGGUUCUGGAUCAUCCAAGAACUGGCGCUUGGCAGCUCGGCUGUCGUCUACUGGGGCCAGCACCGCAUCUCCUGGGGUCUGAUCGGAAUCUGCGCCGCAUGGAUGAUGAGCAGCGGGUGGAACUUCAGCCGUGGUGAGCCCAUCACGGCCGCCUACAACGCCUUCCUAAUCUACGUGCUGCCGCUCGCCAAGCGCAGCGGGAUCUCGGCCUUCUCCAAGCUCGACUUAUCCGUCGUGCUGGGCACCACCAUGGGCCGCUUUGACGCAACCGACCAGCGGGACCGCAUCUACGCGCUCCUGGGCAUGCCGUUCGCGGGCAACAACCCAGACGCCGAACUGCUUAUCAAACCCGACUACAACCAAGACCUCCGCUCAGUCUACAUCCAAGCCGCGCAACGCAUCCUUGAGCAGGACAAGCACCUGCGGAUCCUCAGCGCCGUCCAGCACGGCGACGAGCUCGACACGACCUAUCCCUCGUGGGUACCCAAGUGGCACAAACCACUCCCCGCGGAACCACUUGGCCUGCGCGACGAACAAGGGUACUACGCCAACGGCGGCGAGCUAUUCUGCCCAACCCCCACCACCUUCACCCACAGCACCACCACCACCACCACCACCACCCCACACCACUCCCUAACCCUCCCCGGCCUCCUCUGCGGCACGCUCACCUCGACCAGCGCCCCCCUCCAAAAAGGCUCUCUCCACCUCGGCGCGCUGCCCCCCGGCCCGCACCGCACCGCGCUCACCACGCUCUUCGCCUCGCUCAACUCGGAACAAGCUCAGCUCCGCGCUUCCUGGAGCGCGACCCUCGAAAAAUUCACCCUCUUCGGCUUCACCGACCCGUCCCUGCAAGCGACGCACCUCGCCAGCCCCGCCACCUCCAAGGCCAUGGCCGUGGCCGUGACCGGCCACCCGGGCAAGUACGGCAUGCGCGCGGCGGCCGAGGCGCUGGACGGCGAGCGCGCGCAGACGGAUCAUCUGGGCGAGGUGUUUUUGAUGGGGGGUGGGGAGGGUGGUGGUGAAGGGGGUGAGGGGAGGGAGGGGUUGGGACCGGCGGCAGCGAGGGAGGGGGAUGUGGUGGCUGUGUUGUUUGGCGGGGUGGUGCCGUUUGUGUUGAGGCCGUGUGAGGGGGAGGAUGGGGUGAGGUUUUGGAGGUUGGUGGGGGAGUGUUUUGUGCCCGGGUUGAUGCAGGGUGAGGCGGUGGAAAAGGCUGGUUUGCUUGCGGAGGGGAAGUUUGAACGGGAUGGGGCUGGCGCGCUGAGGCUCACGCCGACGCCGCAGGGUGAGGAGGACCCGCGGUUGACGAGGAAGGUAAAUUCCAUUCUUGAGACUCCCCCAUCGUCACUUUCCGCCCUCGUUCCUGACUCCGUCGGCUUUCGGUGA